GAGAGGGUGCUCAUGCAGCAACAGAAUGAUCGAUUGGCCUCAUACAUACAGAAAGUGAGAAACCUUCAGGAGGCCAAUGAAAAGUUGGAGGAACAAAUUCGUGAAGCUCUGGAAAAGAGAGGCCCCACUGGCAUAGACUACAGCCACUACGAUGCAACUCUGGCUGAACUGCGUGACGAGAUACUGGCCAUGACAAAAAGCAAUGCUGCUUUAUACCUGCAAAUUGACAAUUGCAACCUGUCUGCACAAGACUUUGAAAUGAAGUACGAGCAACAGGUUCACCAGCAGGUGGAAGCUGACAUACAUGCUUUGAGAAAAGUCCUGGAUGACACCAACGUUGAGCGACUACAUUUAGAGAGUGACAUCGAAUCUCUCAAUGCAGCGCUCAUCACACUGAAGAAGAACCACAAUCAGGAUGUUUCAGAACUCCAAGCCCAGAUUGUUCAAUCUGGGGUCAAAGUAGAUGUUGAUGCUAGAAAGGGACAGGACUUGAUCAAGAUUAUGGAGGAGAUGAGAGCCAAGUAUGAGAGGAUGGCCCUGAAGAACCAAGAGGAACUCAAGGCCUGGCACGAAUCCAAAAUCACAGAGGUAGACAUACAGGUGAAGGAAAACACUCUGGCUCUGAAAGAAGCAAACAGACAAAUGACUGAGAGCCAAAGAACAAUGAAUUCACUGGAGAUUGACCUUCAGGCUCUGAUUAGUCUGAAAGCAUCUCUGGAAGGAACUCUUAAUGAUACUAAACUGCGCUACAACAUGGAGAUAGAAAAGUACAAUACCAUCAUCCACGAGCGUGAGGCGACAUUGAUGGAGCUUCGCAGCAGCAUCCAACAGCAAAAGCAGGAGUGUGAGACUUUGCUGAACAGUAAUAUGAAGCUAGAAGCUGAGAUUGCUACUUACAGGGGCCAUUUGGACAUGGGUCAUGUCAAGUGA